AUGCCAAUAUAUAUAUAUAUAUCUUUUCUUUUAUUUCAGCAUGUACUCGAACAUGGGAAAACUGAAGAUAAAAGUAAAAUUGUUGAACAUAUUAAAGGUCGUGUAGCUGAGCUUAGUGUGCAUAAAUUUGCUAGUAAUGUAGUCGAAAAAGCUGUUGCAAACGCUUCAAGAGUAGAACGUCAAUCACUCAUCAAUGAAGUACUUGAAGAAACAACUAUUCCAACAGAUAAUAAUAUGACUGUACAAAAUGGUCGAGUUCGUUCAAGUGAAUUUAGAGUAGAUAAUACUGAUGAUGGUGAUAAUGAUAAUGAUGAUGAUGAUGAUAACAGUGGCAGCGAUGAAGAUGAAAGUGUUGAUGAACCAAGAACUCGAAGUUCUGUUUUAGUUAUGAUGAUGAAAGACCAAUUCGCAAAUUAUGUUAUCCAAAAAAUGUUAGAUGUCGCUGAACAACCAAUAAGAAAAGAGCUUAUGACUCAAAUUCGUCCACAUUUGAAUACCUUACGCAAAUACACUUAUGGUAAGCAUAUAAUCAAUAAAAUGGAGAAAUAUUAUAUGAAAACAAAUCAACUGCAUCUGGCUGUUGGUUUAAAUUCACCAUCACCACCUCUUGGUGUUGUACCCGCCUCUUCAUCAGAUGUCCCACAGUCGACAUCGAAUUCCACUGUUCGAAGUGGUGGUGGUGGUGGUAGUUCAUCAGCCGCUUCAAUGCUCCCACCACUUCUCACACCGACUGAUAUGGCUGUACGAGCUUCAAAGCCAAUAUCAAUGAGUCGUUCUACACAUUCACAUCAUUAUCAUCAUACUUCUCAUUAUAAUAACCAAUCGGACUCAAAUAAUAGUAAUAGUAACUCCUCUCGAAAGACUUCAAAUGAUGGUGCACAAUUAAACUCCUCCUCUAUGCAAACAUCGGAUAGUGCUAAAAAUUCAUCUAAAGCAGUAUCAAAAGCAUCUGAAAAUACCAAUGAUGAAUCGGGAGUGGAUAGUGAAAAUGGUAAUAAUAAUAAUAAUAAUAAUAACGAUAAUAAUAAAGGAGGAGUCAGUUUGAGUAAUUCUAAAGAUAAUCAUGAAAAACACAAUUCAGAUAUGAAGUCAUUCGAUUUAAAUCAGGCUUCAUCUACAUCACCAACAGUCGCUGGUGAUUGUUGCAGUCAAAAAUGGGAGAAUAGUAAUGAUGCAGAACACAGUGUUGUAUCAAAUCAUGACAACAGCGAUCAGUUACUGCAUGAAUCAGCCAGUGAACAUCAUCAUGAAGUGCAUGUUUCAGCCCUGAAGAAACUCAACACUACAACAGCAUCAUCAUCACCGUCUACGACGAGUAGUACUUCUACUACUACAUCUAGCCUAAAAAGUGGUGAAGUAAAUAGUGUAAAGUCAAGGCCACCUACAAAUGAAUUAAUGACCAACGGGAAUGGUAAUCAUUAA